AUGGCUCGGUUCUUUGUUGCUGUUCUUCUUCUCGGCCUCUCUUCCUGCAUCUCCGGUGCUCCUGGCACUACAGCAUCGACAUCACCACAGAGUCAAAUCAGAAGUCAACUCUCUGGAAACUGGAUCAACGAACUUAGCUCGACCAUGACCGUAAUUGCAGACCAAAAUGGUGGUCUCAGUAUAUCUGUUGGCUGGGUGGUUACAUAUAACAACGAGCAAUGCAAUGCUCAUAGUACCGCAACUUGGAGCGGUCAAUACUUCAACAACAUCAGUGGUGAAAUGAUUCAGGCCCCCAGAAUCUUUUGCAGCGGACGGUAUAAUUUCGCGUUCCGCCGUCAAAUUUGA